GGAUGUGUGAGACACCCUAGUUUUUCUCAGGUGGGUUAUUCUACCUUGGAAGUGAUAAAGUCUCGGGCUCAUAUAACACCUGCCUCCUGGAAUUGGUCUGAAGAAUCGUGGAUGGAACACAGUUGGUAUCGAUGUUAUUCUGAACGUUCUGUGUUGACAGAGUUCCUCCUGCAGGAUGGAGAACUUCCUGAGGCUGCUGAGGGAGCAUGGGGACACCCCCUCUCCCCCACAAGAGCUGGUGACUCUCGCAGGCAAGCUAUGCCGGGACUUCCAACACAACCUUGUUCAAGUGCUAUCUUUGGUGGAAGCCAUUCUGGACAGCCGGCAUCGUUGGCAUCUUCUAGAAAAUGCGGAUGUGGCACUGGUGUGCACCCAGGUCCUGAUCCAGCAGGGGCAGCAGUUUUCAGCCCUCCAGAUACUAGAGGGGUGUCGGGUGCCAGGAGGCAGCAAGGAGCUGAUACAACUCUGGAAUGACAUUCACUACCACCUGACCAUGAAGAAGCUGGGUGUCACCAUGUUGAGCCCAGUGCAGAAGUUUCGCUGCAGGAAGAGGAACCCCCCACCUCUUACCCUCUGCCCUGAGGGCCCCAAGAGCCGGAACUUCCUCCCAGAGAUCCGCUGCCAACUGCAGAAAUUUGCCACAGGUGUGAGCACUUAUCCCAAGAAGGCCCAGUUGAAGGAACUGGCUUUGGAGACCGGCUUGACUCCUGAGCAAGUGUACAACUGGUUCGCCAAUUAUCGGCGACGUCAGAAGGCUUGUGUCCUGCGCAUUGAAAAUCAGGAGGCCACAUCAGAAGUCUCCAGUGCAAAUGAGAGUGGUCCUGAAGCACUGCCACUUUCAGAACACCACCACGAGUCUCCAACUGUGUCUCAGCGGUCAGGUGAGCAGCCCAAGGGCUUCUUGAGGGCUGAUUUUUAUAAGAUCUACGUGAUGUGCCAAGUUCCACAGCUUUGUCUGCCACAUUCCACAUUUCCAACAUUAGAUGGCAUCACCUCCCAACUCCUCCCUCCCAGCCCUGGCCUCUACCCACCAAAGGCACAUUGUUUGGUUAUGUUCCCCAGGUCACUCUAUGGAUGUGAGGGGUACCAGGAGGAGCUAAGUUGCCAUCCUGUCAGCCUCACCUCCUCAUGUCCUGCCCCUGGCCUCUGUUCCCUGGCUACUAGCAGCAACAUGCUUGAUUCCUCUAUGUCUGCCCCUGAGUCAAGGAUGAUGUCCCUUGCACUGUCAUCUUCCAAGGAAGUUUUCCUCUACACGGGGCAAAUGGACCAUAAAAACCAGCUGGAUUCUGGGAUGGGUCCUGAAGAUGCCACCAUGGCCAGGGCCUUUGCUACCCUUAGCAAUCCCAGCCAUGCAGGUGGGUCCACCUUGCACAAAAACGAGAUUCUGGUCUAUCCCCCACAACUACUCAUGUCCUCAGAAUUGUACAAGACAGAGGUCUUCCCUUUCAGUUUUCUAGAGGUGUCACCAGCCUCAUCUGCCAUGCCAGCACCUGUGUCAACCAUGGAGCUGUGCCAAACCUUGCCCUCCAGCCAGGUGAGACACUCUGAGGUUUGCAUGUUUCUUCUCAGAGGUAGUUAUCCUGGGCAGUGAGUAAGGAACAGAAGUAACUUGUGGGUGGAU